UUUCGUGAUUUUUUUGGAAUUUUUUUGGGAUUUUUGAGGAUUUUUUUGCACCUUUCUCCUGAUUUUUUUUUUCCCUUUCUUUUCCAUUUUUUAAUGACUUUUCCCUAUAUUUUAUAUCCCUUUUAGGAAACGGGGAUGUGCGAGUGCCAGCCGGGAUUUUUGGGAUUUUCCUGCGAAAUUUCCCUGGAUGAUUUUCGGGGUGAGGGGCUCUGGUACCGAAUCAGCUCCGGGGACCCCGAAUUUCGACCCCGAGCUGCAGCAGCAGGAGCUGUGCUGCCAGGAACUGGGAUGCUCUACGUGUUUGGGGGAUGGGACCUGAACGAGGCUCUGGGGGAUCUGGUCAGGUUCAAUUUCAGCUCCAAUCGUUGGGAACGAGUCCCCGAGACCCCCGGGAACCCGAGACCGGCUCCGCGUCACUCUCACUGCGCCGUGCUCGGGGGAGGGGCGCUCACCAACGACCUCUGGGCCUUUUUUGGGGGGCCCGGGGGGGGUUGGGAGCUGCUCCAGGGACCCCAAAAAAACCCCCGGGGACCCCCGGGCCUGGCGGGGGCCGCGGCCGCGCUCGUGGACCACGAGUGGCUCUACGUGUUCGGGGGUCGGACCCCCUCGGACGUUUUCUCUUCGGGACUUUUCCGGUUCCGGUUGCCCGGGGGGGGUCCCUGGGAGCCAGUGGAGGUUUGGGGGGGGAAACCCCCCCGGGCUGCCGGGCAUUCCAUGGUGUUCCAUCCCCCAUCCCGGAGCCUGCUGGUGUACGGGGGGCACCGCCCGUCCACGGCCAGGUUCAGUGUCAGGGUGAACUCCUCGGAUCUUUUCCACCUGGAGCGACGUCACUGGAGCCCCCUCCGAGCUCGGGGGGAAUUUUUGGGGGGAUCCCAAAAAGGGACCCCGGGAAAGAGCAUUCCACAGUGCCACCCUCAUCGGGGACUACAUGGUGGUUUUUGGUAAAAAAAACAACUAAAAAACAAAAAAACCAAAAUUUUUGGAAUUCUUAAAAAAAAAUUCUGUAAGAAAUGGUGAAAAUUCCAAAAAAAAAUCCCGUAAAAAUCGGCCCCAAAAUGGGGGAAAAUGUCGUGGAAAUGUCAUUGAAAAUCCCAUGAAAAAUCCCUUUAAAAAUCCGAGAUAAAUCCCAUAAAAAAAUCCCUUUAAAAUUCCAGAAAAAUUCCAGAAAAAUCCCAUUAAAAUUUCAGAAAAAUUCCAGAAAAAUCCCAUUAAAAUCUCAUUAAAAAUCCCUUUAAAAUUCCAGGAAAAUCCUCCUGGAAAUUCCAUAAAAUUCCCAUGAAAAAUCCCACAAAAAUUCCAUUAAAAUUCCAGGAAAAUCCCAUUAAAAAUCCCAUUAAAAAAAUCCCAUUAAAAAAUUCCAUGAAAAAUCCUGAAAUUCCAAAAAAAAAAAAAAAAAAAAAAAAUCCACCCUCCCAAAAAAAUAAAAAAUCCCCCAAAAAAGGGGAAAAAUUCCACAGUGCCACCCUCAUCGGGGACUACAUGGUGGUUUUUUGGUAAAAAAAAAAAAACUAAAAAACAAAAAAACCAAAAUUUUUGGAAUUCUUAAAAAAAAAUUCUGUAAGAAAUGGUGAAAAUUCCAAAAAAAAAUCCCGUAAAAAUCGGCCCCAAAAUGGGGGAAAAUGUCGUGGAAAUGUCAUUGAAAAUCCCAUGAAAAAUCCCUUUAAAAAUCCGAGAUAAAUCCCAUAAAAAAUCCCUUUAAAAUUCCAGAAAAAUUCCAGAAAAAUCCCAUUAAAAUUUCAGAAAAAUUCCAGAAAAAUCCCAUUAAAAUCUCAUUAAAAAUGCCAUGAAAAUUCCCAUUAAAAUCCCAUUAAAAUCUCAUUAAAAAUCCCUUUAAAAUUCCAGGAAAAUCCUCCUGGAAAUUCCAUAAAAUUCCCAUGAAAAAUCCCAUGAAAAAUCCCAUGAAAAAUCCCACAAAAAUUCCAUUAAAAUUCCAGAAAAAUCCCAUUAAAAAUUCCAUGAAAAAUCCCUUUAAAAUCCCAUUAAAAAUCCCACAAAAAUCCCAUUAAAAAUCCGAGAUAAAUCCCAUGAAAAUCCCAUUAAAAAUCCAACAAAAAUCCCUUUAAAUUUCCAGAAAAAUCCCUUUAAAAAUCCCAUAAAAAUUCCACAAAAAUCCCUUUAAAAUUCCAGAAAAAUCCCAUUAAAAAUCCCAUUAAAAAUCCCAUUAAAAAUCCCAUUAAAAAUCCGAGAUAAAUCCCAUAAAAAAUCCCUUUAAAAUUUCAGAAAAAUUCCAUUAAAAUCCCAUUAAAAUCUCAUUAAAAAUCCCUUUAAAAUUCCAGGAAAAUCCUCCUGGAAAUUCCAUAAAAUUCCCAUGAAAAAUCCCACAAAAAUUCCAUUAAAAUUCCAGGAAAAUCCCAUUAAAAAUCCCAUUAAAAAAUCCCAUUAAAAAAAUUCCAUGAAAAAUCCUGAAAUUCCAAAAAAAAAAAAAAAAAAAAAAUCCACCCUCCCAAAAAAAAUAAAAAAUCCCCCAAAAAAGGGGAAAAAUUCCACAGUGCCACCCUCAUCGGGGACUACAUGGUGGUUUUUGGUAAAAAAAAAAAAACUAAAAAACAAAAAAACCAAAAUUUUUGGAAUUCUUAAAAAAAAAUUCUGUAAGAAAUGGUGAAAAUUCCAAAAAAAAUCCCGUAAAAAUCGGCCCCAAAAUGGGGAAAAUGUCGUGGAAAUGUCAUUGAAAAUCCCAUGAAAAAUCCCAUUAAAAAUCCGAGAUAAAUCCCAUAAAAAAUCCCUUUAAAAUUCCAGAAAAAUUCCAGAAAAAUCCCAUUAAAAUUUCAGAAAAAUUCCAGAAAAAUCCCAUUAAAAUCUCAUUAAAAAUGCCAUGAAAAUUCCCAUUAAAAUCCCAUUAAAAAUCCCUUUAAAAUUCCAGGAAAAUCCUCCUGGAAAUUCCAUAAAAUUCCCAUGAAAAAUCCCACAAAAAUUCCAUUAAAAUUCCAGGAAAAUCCCAUUAAAAAAUUCCAUGAAAAAUCCCUUUAAAAUCCCAUUAAAAAUCCCUUUAAAAUUCCAGAAAAAUCCCGUUAAAAUCCCAUUAAAAUCCCAUGAAAAAUCCCAUGAAAAAUCCCAUGAAAAAUCCCUUUAGAAUUCCAGAAAAAUUCCAGAAAAAUCCCAUUAAAAAUCCCAUUAAAAAUCCCACAAAAAUUCCACAAAAAUCCCUUUAAAAUCCCAUUAAAAAUCCCAUUUAAAAUUCCAGAAAAAUUCCAGAAAAAUCCCAUUAAAAAUCCCACAAAAAUUCCACAAAAAUCCCUUUAAAAUCCCAUUAAAAAUCCCAUUAAAAAUUCCAUAAAAUCCCAUUAAAAUCUCAUUAAAAAUUCCAUAAAAUCCCAUUAAAAUCCCAUUAAAAAUCUCACAAAAUUCCAUAAAAUCCCAUUAAAAAUUCCAUAAA